CAGAUACAGGAGAAAAAAAUCAGAACAGUCGCAUCUCGAACAGUCUCGCCCGCGGUUAAAGCGUCAAUGUAAACCGCGGGGUGUAGAAAAAAUAAGCGAACACAACGCACAACACACAAAGGAAAAGGGAUAAAGGGAAAAGAUAAGUGUAAUUUACGGGCUGCAUAAUUGACUCAUGUGACAUCUUGCAGCAGCUCUUGACGUGAUUACGCAGCAGCAUCCAUUUCAGCCAGUCCAGUGCAAGAUGCUGCUCUAUCUGCUGCUGUUGGCCGUCACGGCCGCGAUCUGGUACGUCCGCCGGAAGUACACGUUCUGGGCAGACCGGGGCGUACCGUACGUGAAGCCACGGUUCCCGUUCGGCAACAUCCAGGGCAUCGGCCGGCGGAUGCAUUCCUCCCAGCUGAUGACAAAGUUUUACAACGAAAUGAAGUCCUCCGGCCGUCCGUUCGGGGGCAUCUACUUCUUCACCAAUCCGGUCGCGCUGGCGCUGGAGCUGGACUUUGUGAAGAAUGUGCUGGUGCGUGACUUUGCCCACUUUCACGAUCGGGGCGUGUACUACAACGAGAAGGACGAUCCGAUUUCGGGCCAUCUGUUCAACAUCGAGGGCACGAAGUGGACCAACUUGAGGAAGAAGCUUAUACCGACCUUCUCGUCCGGGAAGAUGAAGAUGAUGUGUCCCACGAUCGUGUCCGUUGGGGGACAGUUUCGGGAAUGCUUGGAGCGCUGCAUCGCGCACAGUGACGGCGAGGUGGAGAUGAAGGAGCUGCUGGCCCGCUUCACGACGGACGUGAUCGGGACGUGCGCGUUCGGGAUCGAGUGUAACAGCCUGAACGACCCGAAUGCGGAGUUUCUGCGCAUGGGAAGGAAGGUGUUCGAGGUGCCGCGGGGUCGCAUAUUGAAGUUUUUCUUCAUGGCCACGUUUAAGGACUUUUCGCGAAGGAUACACAUCAAGGGAACGGCGGAGGACGUUUCGCAGUUUUUCUUUAAGGUGGUGCGGGAAACGAUCGAGUACCGGGAGCAGAACAACAUCGUGCGAAAUGAUUUCAUGAACCUGUUGAUGCAGCUCAAGAACAGUGGCCAGCUGGACGGGUCGGGCGAGGAGGAGAAGGUAGGGAAGCUCAGCCUGAACGAGAUCGUGGCGCAGGCGUUCGUGUUUUUCCUCGGCGGGUUUGAGACGUCCUCCACGACGAUGUCGUACUGUUUGUACGAGCUGGCGCUGAAUGAGGCGAUACAGCGGCGGGCAAGGGAGUGUGUGGUGGAAGCGGUCAAAAAGCACGGUGGACUGUCGUACGAAGCACUCAUGGACAUGCCGUACAUCGAUCAGUGCAUCAAUGAAUCACUUCGCAAGUACCCCCCGGGGGCGAAUCUUAUCCGGCAGGUUAGCCAAGACUAUCGCGUCCCCGGCACGGACGUUACCUUCCCGAAGGGUAUGAACGUUAUGAUCCCGGUCUAUGCGAUCCAUCACGAUGCGGACAACUAUCCCGACCCGGAACGGUACGAUCCGGACCGGUUUGCGCCGGAAGCGUGCGAAUCGCGCAAACCGUACAGCUUCAUACCGUUCGGGGAAGGGCCACGGAUUUGUAUAGCGGCCCGGUUCGGGAUGCUGGAGGCACGGGUCGGACUGGCGGUGCUGCUGAUGCACUUUAGCUUCGCGCGCUGCUCGAAAACCAAUGUGCCGUUGGUGAUUUCUUCCCGCCAUGCGGUGCUAACGCCCGAGGGUGGACUGUGGCUGAAGGUGGAGAAGCUGACGGAGUGAGUGGUCUGUGUUGUGUGCAUUUUAAUCGAAUAAACUUGAAUCUUUUUUUUUUUGUUAUUUUAAAAAGACAUGUGU